AUGGCUACACCGGAACAUGACGCUUCCAACAUCAGGUCUAGAGGCAUCUUCAUAAUCGAUGAAGCCAGUAUCCAGGAGAAUUUCGACACGUUCUGGGGUCCCGAUUGGGCCGACCUAGCUGCAACGGAUGUUGCGGCCUACGCAAACAACCUCCAGUGGCACGUCUUCCAGAACAAAAAACAACACCAAGCGAAAGAACCGGCCCGAACUGUCCAGAAUGAUGGUCCCAAUUUUCGGAAAUGGCCCGAGAGGUCACCGGUGCUGCCAAACCCUAAGGACAAGGAAUUUCCGGGCAGUAAUAAUGAGUUCAAAUUGGUUGCCAACAUGUCCUCCUUUGACGUAGCUCAAUACCCGGACAGCCCGCAACGGGCAGGCAUGUCGUUCAUCCACGUCUUGGGGGUUCCCAUGGCCCGGAUUUUCAACGGCGUCGCGCUCAACAAGUCCAACGUCAGAAUCCUACAGGACAUCAUUGACGCGUUCACGGCUCAAUGGCAGACGUCAAAGUUCCGGGAAGAAGUAAUACAGUACCAGAAGGUCGUGAUUGAGAAUACGCACCGGAGACAGCUGGAAUGCCUGGGUCCAGAAGAGGAGACCAAAAAGAAGCGGAUCGAGGAGAAUUACCAUAAGGCGCUGGGUCACUUCGAGGAACUCGAGCCCAAGGCCUAUAAACUCGAAGCCGGUGACUUCAGCUUCGGCCUUCAUCUCUAUCCCGACCAUAGUGUCAAUCAUCUGCAUCUCCACAUCAUCGCGGGGCCGCCUGAGUUCCGGGCAUACUCAACCCGAAUGCACGAGGAGAAAACAAUGGACGUCCGAGCAGUGCAACAAUUCAUCAUGAGCGACGGAUUUCCCGAUUACCAGCCAUCAAACCGUUCCGUCUAG